AAUUUUAUGCACUAGAAUUCUUUUUCCCAAAAUAUGUUUUUUUUUGUGAGAGUAUGGGUUUCAUAAUUAGAAGUAUUUGCUUAAAUAGGAUAAAAAUAAAUAAAUGGAUACAAUUGUACUUUUUCAUCAUGCUGGGAUUCUUGCUCGUGUAUUUAAUAAAAAGUAUGAGAAUUCAGACUCAUGUUUAAAUUUGAAUCGGAGAACGGAAACAAACUGAAAAUAAAAAAAAAACAUAAAACAAAAAGGAGAAAAAAAGCCUUACCUCUCUCUACCGUAGGCUCAAGACACGCUCGGCCUAGCCCUUUCCAAAUGCACGUAGCCCACAUCUCUUCUCUAGUUUUUUUAUUAUUAUUUUAUUAGUUAGCCGGAUGCUUGCAUCACGCUUGCACAUAUAUGACGUCAUUAAUAUCUCAAUGACGUGUGGGCCGCAGGGGAAACUGCUCCCGUUUCUCUAGGCUAUGCAUGCUGGUCGUUCCUCGCUAUAAUGCAUGCUGCGUUUCAAUGACUCGUGGGGCCGCUAUAGUUGAACCAGCUUCUACCGCGCCUGUAACAAACUUGGACACAAUCAUCGUAUAGUUCGCGGGCCGUUGCAACAGCAGCUCUUCAUGCAUCUCGACGCCGUGACAAACCGAAAAAAUAAAAUCCCCCGCGAGACUCGGUUUCUGUUACUGGCAAAAUUAACGUGCAUAUAAAUAUUGGCACCUGUACACCUUCCGUAAAUACGCCAUCAAUUGACGCUGGAUUUGGAGCCGAUCCAAGAGCCAUAGUAAACAAAGAGAGGAGGGAAACAACGAGAGAGAAACAGACAGAUCGCCACCGCAGACUCGCCGUGCUGCAUGGCCAGACUAGCCUCUUCCUGACGCGUCGUAUGGUUGGACGGAAUGGAUGCCGCCGCCAUGGGCACGAACCUUCAUCGGUGCUCAGUGUUCAUGGACCAGUUGGUGGGAUUGUGGGCAGGCUUUGCGAGACCCCAAUUCGACGAGGUCAGCCUCGGACCAUGGGGAAUCUCUUGCCGCGAUGCCGCAACUCUGAUGGGGACCGAGCCUCGGUGCGCACGACUCACGUGAGGUCACGAGAAUCUGAAGAUCAUCCUGGUACCUGGAAUCUCAAGUCCCAGGUCAAGACCAGGUACUGCAGGAUGAUGCUCAUGGAAGAUGCUGCGAUGAGUUCGUGA